GUAUAUAAGUAUCUAGAUCGCAAAAAGAAAAGCAUUAGAGGGCGGAAGUGUAGAGAAGGCAAAAUGAUUUGGAACAGUUUUGGAAUAAAUUUCAGUGUUUUAGUGGUCUGUUUGUUAAUAACGGUGGGGAACGCACAAAAUUGGAGAGGAAACACGGAGCCUUAUAAAGUAUGGCAGUCGGACACAUGUAGAAGAUGUAUUUGCCGAUAUGGAGGUUAUUGUGCCCAGUGGAGAUAUUUCACUUGCAAUACUCUUGUGACUAAACUAAGGUGUUUAAGAGGAUGGAGACAUAGAGGGGAUUAUAACUGUAAUAUCCCAAUAUGUAGGCCAAACUGUGGAUUGGUCGGAGAGUGUGUCGCCCCUGGUAAAUGUGACUGCAAAGGACUGGCAAUAGGUCAAUAUUGUCAAGAGCUGAUAUGUUCUUAUCAGAGACCAUGUUACCCAGGAAACUGUUAUUCUAAUAACAGAUGUAACUGUACCAGUGGAUUCACAAAAGAAAGUUCGGCGUCGGAAUACGGCUGUUUAAAAAUUGACACAAAUAACAAACCGUACAUUGGUAAAUCAACAAGUGUCAUAGAACACACUAGAAAGACGGAUAAAAAAUUCCUUUUCUACUUCUUGUUGGACGGCACGGAUGAGACAAUGCGCAAUCUUAUUGUUUGGAGUAAUCAAAGGGUGUUUAACAUCAUGCGUUUCACAUUCGAGGUUAGCUACGAGCCACCUGAGCCUCUGGCUGAAAGACCGGUGUAUGUUCAUGAGACAAAAGUUGGUAUUACAGAAGGGAAAGUUUUACUUCGAGUUCUAGAUUACAAAAAUGAUGAGCAUCCUACACAAAAGUACGACAUCAACUGUCCUUCAUCAAAUCCGUUAAAUCCACAACAAUUGUUUAAUUGUACGAUAGAGAAUGCAGAAUUCAAAACUCUGAUAGAACAUGCAGACACGUUAAAAGUUACUUUUGUAGCUACAAAUGGAGGUUAUCGACAGAUGACUUAUGAAAACAUUCUACGACCCGAGGAAAAAUUCACAGGACAGACUAGUAGAAAAAAUGUCUAUUUCAAAUUUGAUUUCCAAGCCCCGAAACACUGCACUGAAGAUGAUAUUGGCGGAUAUACUUUUACUGACUGUGUUAAUUCAACAAUGUUGCACGUCCCUGAAGAAUUUACUAAAGAACCAAUCAGAGUUCGCUGGAAGGGCUGGACAGACGACAAGUAUGGAUCACAAAUGUGGAUGUACUAUUUAGAGCUUCACAAACUUGUUGUAAAAGAUGCUACACUAGAACUCACUGAACUUAACCCAAUCAAACCUAUGGCCAGAAAUCAAACGUUACACAUGGGUAAUACGUCACACUACCAGACGUUUACUCCUCUGGAACCAGGAAUGUAUAGUAUCUUAUUGGAAGUCAGGGAUAUUGCCAACAAUUCACGGAUAGCUCGACGGUUUGUCCUGUAUGAUAAAGAGUCAGACGUAGAGUUGAAUCAGAAAAGUCCUAACGGAUUGCACGUGUCGUCUGCUGAAAACCACACUGGCUUCAAAUGGCAGUCUGCCGGAAGUGAAGGAGAAAUUACGGACAUUGUAGUCAACUGGACUGGAUAUUUCAUGAACAAAGCUCACGAGGAAGGUCAUUACAAUAAUGAAAUACAGACUUUUAAACCACAAUUUGAAGAUUUAGAAGAUGAUGGUAUUCUUUACACGAGAAAGUUUGUAAAUGCAUCACUCGAUGAUAUGGAAGGGGAGAGAACUCGUGAUCCUAUCGCUAACAUUCACGGUAUUGUGAAAUUUGAAUACCAGUAUACCAGGGACAUUGGUUCACAAAUACCUGGAGCAGUCUGGACGAAAGUUGAGCCAAUUAGUGAAACGACCACAAUACGAGAGCAGAUGAGUAGCGGCGACCAGUUAAAGAUAAGGGUUCGAGCUUAUGAUGUCCUUGGCAACACAAAGAUGGACUCGACCAUCGUGACAACAGACUUUACUAAACCCAUUACUUCAAGUGCUGACGAUAACACUACCACACAUAUUGUGCAAAAUACUAACGUCAAACCCUUCAACUAUUCAAGCAGCGUGUUCCUAGAAGCGUAUGAUACUGAAAGUGGCGUCCGUGAUAUAGGUGUUAACAUAACAAUCAUGAUGCAAGGUGUGUCUAACAUUUCUGUCAGUAAAAUGGUCAAGGCAAACACAGACGAUAAAAGACACCCGGACAGAGAUAGUGAGUGCGUGACGUCAAGAGACAAGACAACCUGCUUUUUAAAGAAACAAACUGUGAACAUAGACAAUUGUUGGCUGACGGUACCAAACCAAGCGUUACUGUCGUCUGCUAGUGCCAUAAUAGAUGUUAUUGCCUAUAACCAAGCCAUGCUACCCAGCAGUGUCAGAUUUACGAUUCCAGAAAUAACUGCAUUAGAUGGUCUUGUAAGCUAUAAUGGACCUGAGUCAGCACGAGUGGAAAACGUGAAAACCGGAAGUUUCCGAAUAGUUUGGGACUUUCCGACAAAAUUGUCCUGCUAUGCUAUACAAACUUCAAUUAUUUUAGUGCUGUUCAAGAAGUCGUCAAACGGGGAUAUUGAAUUAGUUACCCAUGUAAUUCCUGGUUCAAACACAUAUUUUGACGUGGCCAACCUAGACUCUGAUACAGAAUAUUUACUUGAUUUCAUAUCACAAAUAGGUGAUAAGAAAAAUCCACCAAUGAAGCUUACGGCCAGGACGUCUAAAGAGCCGGAAACUGGUCUGAGUGUUGGAGUCGUGGUCGGCAUAGCUGUAGGUGUACUAUGUAUUGUUGCCCUGGUGAUUGUUAUCUUUAUAUUCCUCGUUCGGAGAGGUUAUGUGCAUCCCCAAGAAAGAGCCCGCCGGGUAAAAAGGGCAGUUACUAGGAAAUACAGACAAACCGUAUAUGGGGAGUCGGACACGAUCAACCAUCGCCAUCCAACCGGUGUCUCGAAUGAGGCAUACGAUGCUGAGAAAUUUGGCAGUCCAUAUGACAAUCGGAAGACAAUGAGUGAGCACGAGGAGCUGUACCUUUAUGGAGGGAUGGACAUUAACAUGCCGGAAGUAGAACAUAUUGAUAGAAACGAUAUCUCGUUUGAAGGUAUUAUAAAGGACGGCCAUUUUGCAAGAAUCUACAAAGCCACAUGGAGGACAAGCCGAGGAGAAAACACAGUUGUCGCCAAAACAUUAAAAGAUAAGUUCACACCAAAUGAUGAAAUGUUGAUGAGAGCCAAGAUCAACUUCACCGGUACAGUGGUUGGUAGCCAUCCCAACGUCUUGAAAUUCCUAGGAGCUGUUGUUGGCGAUGAACAAAUGGGUCCAUUUAUUGUGUAUGAGUACUGUGAGAAUGGUACAUUAAAAGACUAUCUUGUACAAAACAAGAACAACGUUACCAUCGAGUUACAAGAACACCUGUAUAGAUUCGGUCUUGAUGUCGCAAAGGGAAUGGAAUAUUUGGCUAGUAAAGGGAUCGUUCAUAGACGUCUUGCUGCAAGAAACAUUUUACUGACUUUCUUAAACGAGAUCAAGAUUAGUGGAUUUGGACCGCAGCCCGACGAAUCUUCUGAUGGUGACUCGGAAAAACAGGAGCGUAUUCCAAUAAAAUGGGUAGCCCCAGAAUGUAUGACGUCAACAAAGGACGCCACAGAAAGAAGUGACAUAUGGUCGUAUGCUGUCGUGCUAUGGGAAAUAUUUACUUUAGGCGAAACGCCAUAUGCAAAGAUGAGGAGCCGUCAACUUCCGGUAAGCCUCAAGAAAGGCGAGCGUCUACCUAAACCCGAGCAGUGUGAUGACACCUGGUAUGGCGUUAUGAAGAGAUGUUGGGAGUAUGACCCGCACAACAGACCACUGUUUGUAGACGUGAGAUCUGAGCUGGAUGAAAUGUUUGUGGCGUCCCCUGGUGACGAUUACUACUACUACAAACGUUAAAUUUUGUAUAUAAAAAACUAUUCCGUGUAUUGGAUAUAUGUGCAAAUAUUACAAAUUGAAUGAUUCAAGGAGAGAUAAAAAUUGCAUUUCAAAGACCUUAUGUUAAACUCUGAAAUAUCUUGCUGGGAAUAAAAACAGACUUUUGUCACCAGAAAAGGGUCAUAACUACACAUACAUCCGAUUAUAAAUUUAAAAAAAAAAACCAAGAACUUUGGUAUAUUUGAAUAACACAAGGCAAAAGUUUACAUCUUGUUUUUGUUUUGUUUUUUCAAAGAUAUAAACAUGUAUUUUUUACUCUAAUCAACCAGGUAGAUCUAUUAUAUGAACUUUUGAUAAUAUUUUUGUUACAUUUUUUUUUAAAUGGCAUAAUGUGAAUUAUUGCUAAUUUUGUAAAACGUUGAAAGCUGCAUAACUCCAGAUAAACCAAAAUAUUUCAAGAAAAUCAACUUUGAGAAAAGACUUCUAAAUUUGAAGUUUAGCAACAAUAUUCCAGAUAAAGUUAUGAUUUACAUGUUAUGUGCAAUUAUUGACUGAUUUUGAAGUGUUCUUCUGCGUAACUAACGCAGUAAGGGCUUUUUUGUAUAUAUUGAAAACGUGUACUGUAAGUGAUCUUUGUAAUGUUAAAAUUACUUUUUUUGUUUGCUAAACAAUAAUUUACCAAUUAGCAUGAAUCUGGAGGCAUGCAGCUUUAAGAUUAUUUACAUCUAGACUAAAUUAUUUCAUUCAUUCACUUGACAUUUUUUUUACUAUUUACAAACACUUUCAGAUUUCUCAUUACUUGUAUAGCAUUAAUUUGUUACUUGAAAGCUAUUAUUUCAUACAACAAUGACUGGGGAUAUUAGAUUAAUGUAUUGUCUGCCCAUCUCUUUGUGAAAUACAGUACACGUAUUUUAUUCAUUAUAAUGAGGAUAAGAUCAAGUCGUUGAAAUGCGUCCCCUGGCUUAUUUUAAAGACCCUGUAACACAAUUUUUCAUAUGGUUUUAUAUCAUAAAUCUAAUGCUCAAAUGAAGAUUUAUCAAUAUUGUAAGUUUCAAAAAGCAUUAUUUGUAAACAUAUUACCCAAUUAAACAUUUUAUGUAAAUAAAGGGAGGUAAUUAGAAAUUAAUUUUCGAUAUAAGUCUACGCCAAUUUUUU